GACUUAUGUAUUUCUUUUUAUUCAAGAACUCUAUCCAAUAUAUACACGUUUUCCUUUUGGCUUUUGUCAUUUGUGUAUUUAAGACUUUGAACAAUGUUUUUAAAUAAUAUUAACUUCAACACCUUUCAGAAAUUUACUAUUCGUAUUUUAUUUUGUGUAUUUUGUAACACACAAGUUGUAAAUGAUUAUGUAUUGUUUUUCUGUUCAGUUCCAUCUUUCAUUUUUAUGCUUAACAAUGUCUUCUUAGUCAUAUAUGCCCGCCUACAUUUUCUUCUAGUUCUUUCAUUAGAUAUAUCUAGUAUUAAUUCAUCACCCAUUUGAUGCAUGGUAUUUUUUUUUUUCAUCAUGGGGACAUGAAGUAAAUAUUCUGAUUUUUAAAUGUUUCCAUUAUAAUUGGCUACCACUGUCAAUUUUCUUAUUGAUUCUGAUACUUGUUCAGUUUCUUAGUUUUCCAGGUAAUCAUUUAUCUGCAAGUCGGUGUAACUUAAUUAUUUAUUUUUUAAUAGCUCAGUAUUCUCAUUGCCUUUUGUUGUUUCAUUGAGAACUUCCAGUACAAUGUUAGGAGGGGGAAAAAAACAAUGGGAAUGGCACCAAUCCUUCUCUUGUUCAUCUUUAUAUUCCUUAGAACAUACGGAAUGCGUUCUGACAUAGAACUUAUUGAAGAGUAAUUUGGAAUUUUCUGAUGAAUCAACCGUUGUCUUUAAUCUUCACAAGUUUGAAAGGUAUACGUCAUUGUUCCCAUUUCCCAGAUGGAGAAAUUGAGGUUCAGGAAGGUUACACAAAGUCCCGGGUCUAAGAAAAAUGUCUCCCAGAUUCCAAAAGAUGUGUUUAUUUUGCUAAUAGUGGCCAUUCAAGCAUUAGGGGACAGGUUGCCCGUGGUAUCGCUGGUGUUUCUUCUUCCCACUUUCAAAUCUAGAAUAGUAAAAUAACAAAAAUCCCAACGGGCAUGAGAGUUAUCAUAGUAGAUAGGGUAGGUUGGUUCUCUGCUGUGGUCAACGUCAGCUCUGUGGCGACGCGGGUUCUCCCAACAAUAGUCCACACCAUUUCCAGGCUUUUCUCGGCGACGGGCAGCCCGGAGUGCGGAACUUCUCUGGGUGCGCCCGGCCCCCAAAGCGAGGAGACAAGACAGCCCGGAUUCUCCGCAGCCCCAGGUUUACUCGUCAAGGACCGAGGGGCCUCUCAGCUCCGACCGCCUCCUCUCCGCCCCCUGCAGGCCGGCCGGAGGGACAGCUCAGGGCCCAGGUCGGCGAAGGGAGCACGGAACCAAAGAGCGCUAGCGCCGGUCCGGCCAUCUUUCCACAAAGCCCGGGCCGGUCCGCCCCGCCGCGGAGACUCAGCACGGAUCGCGGCUCCCUACCGCCAUGGCGCGGGUGCUGAUCGUGGGCGCCGGGGUGACAGGCAGCUUGUGCGCUGCGCUGCUGAAGAGGCAGACGUCCCGUCCCUUGUACCUUGCUGUGUGGGACAAGGCUGAGGACUCAGGUGGAAGAAUGACUACAGCCAGCAGUCCUCAUAAUCCUCGGUGCACAGCUGACUUGGGUGCUCAGUACAUCACCUGCACUCCUCAUUAUGCCAAAAAGCACCAACGUUUUUAUGAUGAACUGUUAGCCCAUGGCAUUUUGAGGCCUUUAACCUCGCCUAUUGAAGGAAUGGUGAUGAAAGAAGGAGACUGCAACUUUGUGGCACCUCAAGGAAUUUCUUCAAUUAUUAAGCAUUACUUGAAAGAAUCAGGUGCAGAAGUAUACUUCCGACAUCGUGUGACACAGAUCAAUCUAAGAAAUGACAAAUGGGAAGUAUCCAAACAAACAGGCCCCCCCGAGCAGUUUGAUCUUAUUGUUCUCACAAUGCCAGUUCCUCAGAUUCUGCAGCUUCAAGGUGACAUCACCAACUUAAUUAGUGAAUGCCAAAGGCAGCAACUGGAGGCUGUGAGCUACUCCUCUCGAUAUGCUCUGGGCCUCUUUUAUGAAGCUGGCACGAAGAUUGAUGUCCCUUGGGCUGGGCAGUACAUCACCAGUAAUCCCUGCAUACGCUUCGUCUCCAUUGAUAAUAAGAAGCGCAAUAUAGAGUCAUCAGAAAUUGGGCCUUCCCUCGUGAUUCACACCACUGUCCCAUUUGGAGUUAUAUACUUGGAACACAGCAUUGAGGAUGUGCAGGAGUUAAUCUUCCAGCAGCUGGAAAACAUUUUGCCAGGUUUGCCUCAGCCAAUUGCUACCAAAUGCCAAAAAUGGAGACAUUCACAGGUUACAAAUGCUGCUGCCAACUGUCCUGGCCAAAUGACUCUGCAUCACAAACCUUUCCUUGCAUGUGGAGGGGAUGGAUUUACUCAGUCCAACUUUGAUGGCUGCAUCACUUCUGCCCUAUGUGUUCUGGAAGCUUUAAAGAAUUAUAUUUAGUGCUUAUAUCCUUAUUCUCUACAUGUACACUGGGUUUUUAUUUUCACAAUUUUCUGUUAUUGAUUGUUUUCUAUUUUGUUAAGAAAAAUUACUGGAAAAUUGUUCUUCACUUAUUGUCAUUUUUCAUGUGGAGUAUAAAAUCAAUUUUGUAAUUUUGAUAGUUACAACCCAUGCUAGAAUGGAAAUUCCUUGCACCUUGCACCUUCCCGACUUUUCUGAAUUGCUUUGACUACUCCUUGUUGGAAGAAAAGUGGUACUUAAAAAAUAACAAACGACUCUCUCAAAAAAAUUACAUUAAAUCACGAUAACAGUUUAUGUGCCAAAAACUUGAUUAUCCUUAUGAAAAUUUCCAUUCUGAAUAAAGAAUAAUCACAUUAUCAAGGCCCCA